UAGCAAGGAUGCCACGUCUGCUAGCAGUUCCUCGCCUUGGGCUUGUCCCGGGCCGCUAUCCUUAAACUUUCCUCUGCAUUCCUAACCCUGUGAAGUGGGGGGCCCCUCUCCUGGUUCUCUGUUUCUUUUCUGCUCCCGAAACCAUGAGGCUUUUCUUGCAGAACGCGCUCCUGACCCUGCUAGUCUCUGCCCUGCGCGGGGCUCUGAUCCCAGAGCCAGAAGUGAAGAUCGAAGUUCUCCAGAAGCCCUUCCUCUGCCAUCGCAGGACCAAGGGGGGAGACCUGAUGUUGGUGCACUACGAAGGCUACUUGGAGAAGGACGGGUCCCUCUUUCACUCCACUCACAAACACAACAAUGGGCAGCCCAUCUGGUUUACACUGGGCAUCCUGGAGGUCCUGAAAGGAUGGGACAAGGGCUUGAAGGGAAUGUGUGUAGGAGAGAAAAGGAAGCUCACCAUCCCUCCCUCCCUAGGCUAUGGAAAAGAAGGAAAAGGUAAAAUUCCCCCAGAGAGUACAUUGAUAUUCAACAUUGAUCUCCUGGAGAUUCGAAAUGGACCCAGGUCCCAUGAAUCAUUCCAAGAAAUGGAUCUUAAUGAUGACUGGAGACUCUCCAAAGAAGAGGUUAAAAUAUACUUAAAGAAGGAGUUUGAGAAGCAUGGUGCAGUGGUCAAUGAAAGUCAUCAUGAUGUUUUGGUUGAGGAUAUUUUUGAUAAAGAAGAUGAAGACAAAGACGGAUACAUAUCUGCUAGAGAGUUUACAUACGUGCAUGAUGAGUUAUAAAGAUGCAUCUGCCCAUGUGACGUAGAACCCAUCCUUAAAGACAA